ACCAGCACCAAAUGGCAACGAACCCCUUCUCCGCCUUGCUUGUUUCCUCCUCCUGUCUGCUCUGUCCAAGUGUCUUUGCUGCUACACGAUAACUCGUCGGUUCUUUUCAGCGAUAAUCAUUGAAUCGCUUUUUGUCUUGCUCCUCGAUCGUCAAUUGGCUUUCUUCUGGCGGGCGGUGAACGUCAUUUUCACAAUUCUGCCCCCGACUCCGGCGGCCACGACCCCUGUUCCAGCCUCGAAGCCCUGCGUAAUUGGCGGGGAAAGCUGCCCAGGAAUCGCGAGCAGGGAGUCGAGUGGGCGCUCCAUGCCGCAUCACACAACACACUCUGACAACACAGCGCCCUACCCGCCCUUGCAUUGACAGCGGUCGCGACAGGGGAGAAAAAUACCCUGAUAAAAAUGGACCCCGAGGGCGUGGAACGACCCUGUGAGAACAAAACCCCGGUCAUCCUGCUUUCCAGCCCUCGAAGCUAUGGCGUGUUGUUGCCAACCUGUCUAUGCCGUCGGUGGAGAUGAUCUCGACUUUUCAGCUGCUCUUUUUCACACAAGAUAGCGAUUAUUGGGACUGAAACAGGAACACUUACGCCAUUCACAUCAGCAGCAAUGAGGGCUCAUCGAACACACCAUGGCACCGUGGUGCUAAAGCUGGGCACCAGCUCUAUCGUGGACGAAAAAACACGAAAGCCUUUGCUAUCAAUCUUGACUCUCAUCGUUGAAACGGCGGUUCAGCUCAGGGAGGAUGGCUAUAAAGUCAUUAUUGUAUCGUCGGGCGCUAUCGGCGUCGGUCUGCGCCGCAUGGAUAUGGCCGAGCGUCCAAAGAAGCACCUAUCUAAGCUUCAGGCUCUGGCUGCCAUUGGUCAAUGUCGUCUCAUGAGUCUAUGGGACAGCCUCUUCACCCAGCUAAGGCAGCCCAUCGCCCAGAUCCUGCUCACCAGGAAUGAUAUUGCCGACAGGACAAGAUACCUCAAUGCGCAAAAUACCGUCAUGGAACUUCUCGACAUGGGCGUAAUCCCCAUCGUUAACGAGAACGAUACACUGGCCGUGUCCGAGAUCAAGUUUGGCGAUAACGAUACGCUGUCCGCUAUCACGGCCGCCAUGGUCCACGCCGACUUGCUCUUCCUCAUGACCGACGUCGACUGCCUCUACGACAAGAACCCUAGGACUUUCAAGGACACCGCAAAGCCGAUUCACGUCGUCGAGGAUAUCAGCUCCCUGGAAGCUGAUGUCUCCUCCGCCGGCAGCUCGCUCGGCACAGGCGGCAUGUACACCAAGAUCGUCGCCGCAAGGCUGGCAACCUCGGCGGGCGUCACCACCAUCAUCGCCAGGGCCUCCAACCCGGGCAACAUCCGGUCCAUCGUCAAGUACCUCGAGAAGCCGUCCUCACCCGCUACUGCUGCCGACGCGGGGGCCGCCGGGGAGUCGGCGGCGGCGGCGGCGGAGGCAGAGGAGGAGGAGGAGCCCCCGCUGCACACGCGCUUCCUGCCGUCGACGGACCCGAUCCGGGACCGGUCCUUCUGGAUCCUGCACGGGCUCAAGCCGCACGGCACCAUCUACAUCGACCAGGGCGCCCACCGCGCGCUGCUCGGCAAGGCCGGCCUGCUCCCCGUCGGCAUCGUCGACGUCGAGGGCUCCUUUGCCCAGCAGGAGGCCGUCCGCCUCGUCGUCGUCGACCGGCGCCUGCCGGCGCCCGACGCCGAGGGCCGCCUGUGGGAGGGCCCCGCGACCGAGGUCGGGCGCGCCCUCGUCAACUACUCGUGGUUCGAGAUAUCCAAGAUCAAGGGCCACCAGAGCGCCGAGAUCGGCCAACUGCUGGGCUACGCCGACAGCGCCUACGUCGCGCAGCGGGAGCACGUCUGCUUCUUUACGAGGGAGAGCCGGCCCGUGUCUCCUGCUCACGACACUGACGGUAUGACUAGGGGCAUUGGCGGCUAUGAGGCCACGUCCUGAAGGAGGAGUUUCUGCGUCCUUGUCUUGCGGGAUGGCGGGGUGAGUGUGGAGAUACAAGGCGGAGACUAGGGAUAUGACACGUUUGGUGGUAAAGAUCUGUUUGGGCAGGUAGUUGGUUUGGUAUCUACAGGACGGCACUAUUGUUACCGCUUUCGCCAAAUGAUAUAAUGACCUAGAAAUGAAGCAAAUUCCCACAAAACGCCG